AUGAGUGUAUUUAUUGAUAAUGAUUGGCUUACAAAAUAAUUGGAAAAUGUCCAAUAAAUUGACUACUAAAACUAUAAUUUACCAAGCAACACAGAUAUUUCAGAGUUUGUAUUAUAAUAAUCUGUUGGAGAAAGUCCCUUUAUUUAAUAGCAUAAACGAGAUCCUGUUGAUUUUUCAUUGAUAAAACUUGAGAAAUUAGAAGAAAUUCAAUAAAUUAAUUAUACACCAAAAAAAUAAUAUUCAUCAACAACCAGAAAAUAAAAUUAUAAAAAAAGUAAAACUACUACAACAGGUUUUGCUAUUGAUGAGAAUGAUACAAAUAAUAAUGAUUCGCAAACCUUAAGGAAAAUUAAAUCUUCAUAAGUUUAAAAAUAAUCAGAAUUUACUAAAUAAUUAAAUAUCUAUUAAUAGAAUUUCUCAAUCUAAAUUCUAGUUAAAUACUUUGGAACAUAAUAUUAAUAAAUCAUUUCAGUUGAUGAAUCCAUAAGAGCUGCUGAAUUUAUUGUAUUAGCAUUAAAAAGAUUUGCCUCUGAUCCUAAAAGUGAUAAAACUAAAUUUGAAUAUUAAAAUUUCACAUUAGCAUACAAAUUGAUUGGUUAAGAUAUCAGUCCAACUAAAUAUACUUAUAAUAAUGAUGAUAAUUUUAAUAAUGAAAGUGUUAUAUUAGAAGAUGAAUCUUUAGAAAGACCUGAAGUAGAUCUUGAAUCUCAAUUAUUUUAUAAAAUAGUAGAUUUAUUACCUGCUACAACUAAUUUUGGCUUAGAUUUUUAAACAAUUAAACAAACUUUUAUAUCAAAUCCUGAAUCAAUUAUAUUAUUAAUAGAAGACCCUCAAUUAUUAAUAUUUUAUCAUAUUAAAGUAGAUAAAAAAGGAAUUUUGGCAGAUUGUUUAGUAGAAUUGAAUAGAAAAGUAAGUAGAAAAUAUUUAAAAAAUGAUUAUUAUCUAAGUUUGAAAUUUCCAUGUGUUAAUUAUGACACAGGAGAAUUAAGUGAAAAAUUUCCUAUUAAUUAAUUACCUAUUCAUUGGUUAAUUAUUAUUUAAAGAGUAAAAAAUAUUAUUUUAGAAUCAUCAGAAGAAGUAUCAAUGGCUAAUAUUGGAAGAACAUUUAAUAAUACAAUUCAUGAAAAUAUGAGAGGUUCAAAUUCAUAUGGUUUUUUAUCUAUGAACUUUAUGUAAUUGACAACUGUAGAGAAGUUGCCUUUAUUAUAUAGUUAUUAAGAAUUUAAUUUGAUAAGAAAAUACAAAGGGUAGUUAAUUGAUGUCAUUUUAGGCAUAGAUUACUUUGA